CCUUGCCCAGAGCUGUGCCAGGAUGUCUUGCGCUCCCUCGGUUUCUCAUCUCGUUCCAGUUCAUGUGAUACAGCAGCAAGAAGGUACUCUCGAAUUAAGCUAUCUUGCUGCUGCAAGAAAUAACACUUGACAACAGAAGCACGGUGACGCCUGCUGCACGCAGGGUCGCGACAGAACCGCGAAGGAUAAACGAAGUUGGCGGAGAACUGGAACGGAUUUGAGAACAAGGAGGUGGCAUGGAGCAGCAGCAACGCCAAGGCGGCACUACUGAACUCCGUGCGCAGCUUGGUGCGAUGAGCGUGGAAGGCACCAGUGUCUUGGCGGGUCCGGGCGAGGGAGGGGGGGCGACGCCGAUUCAGACUCCUGCUGGGGGCGGGGCUACCGGUGGUGUCGAGGGUGGCUCGAGAGGAUCGUCGGGGCUUGCAAAUCUGAACGAGCGGAAGCGUGUCGACAACAACAUCGUGCAAACCCUAACGGCCAACAACCAGGUCCUGUGCGUGGACGUUGGCCCCGAGAUGUCGAGCGAGUGGGCCGGUGCGGGUCCUGGGGGCACUGCGUCAACGAGAAUGCGGGUAGUUCAGGCGGCGCUCAGGGGUUUUGUGCGACGCAAGGCAUCCUUCAAUCCAAAGGCGAGGCGGUGUUUGCAUCGUUUCGCCGUGCUGGCGCUCGGCGACGGUGUGACGGUUGUCCGGCCGCUGACCUCGGACGUGAGGAGCGUGUUCGAAGCGAUUGACCGGUUGCAGCCGCCAGAAGCGUCAUCAUCAUCUGUGGUCGAGGGGGGCGAAGACGGCGACGGAGGAGAAACGCCGUUCGACUUCUCGGAGCUCCUGGACUGUAUCGCGGAGCGCUUCCCCCCGGCGAAGGACCCCGUUUCUUCGGUGACGGAGCGAAAUCGAAGCUCCGGCGGCGGCGGGGUGCGGGGUGCGGAAGCCGUGGUGGGAGCGAUGUCGCAAGUCCGACCGGUGGUGCGGGCGUUGGUGCUCUACGGGAGGUCCUAUAUCUGCCCGCUUGUGCCCCCAACAGGAGCGGAGAAGCACGGGCUGCUGUCGCACUGGAGGUUCUUCCUCGACUGCCUCUACUUCCACCGCAAGCCUUCUGAGGAAGGGGUCAUCUGCGGAGAAAUCUUCGACUCGAUUGCCACCAUGGAGACCAGCGGCGGCGGAGGGUUGCCGGGCACCGCGGGAGACAAUUAGCGGUCACGGGGGAGCACAUUUUUCGACACUCAAAGCUCCUUUCUGCUGUUUUCGUUAGCCUUUUUCCCCACGUGCCGUCCCCGUCACCUGCCCGCGUAUGCAGGGCCUUUAUUUCCUCAUGCACGCCCUCCUCCUGCCUGCCCUUACGAGUGUCGUGGGGUUGACGUCGAACGCGUGCGCUUCGGUUGGUCUUCUCUCAACCCACACCUCGUAUGUAGCGAAGCAGGCCUUCGUCUGCGAGUGGUGGUGACGAGCAGAGGGAGCUACGUUGCUGUGUUGUCGUGGUUUGGGAUGAUGAGAGUGUCUUGGGGCUCAGGUUGUAGGUUGUAGGUUGUAGGCUACUGCGAGCAAGAGGUGGACCGCUGCUCAACCUCGUACGUGGCCAAUCGCAAGCGCUUCGGUUUCUUAAAGAAGAGCCCAGAAGACUUGACUCUGGGUACUGUACACGUAGAGGUGAGAAUGACGUUCGUCGUGGAGAGGAAAUGCAAAACAACGGAUACGCGAAUACCCGCGCCUCCCUAUCCUCCCCCCCGGUGUUU